AUGGUUUUAAUUAGUUUGUUUUCUAUUCAUAAUCAGAUAUUUUUUUAUUUUUUUUUUAUUUUCGCCUUCUUCUUUAAUAUUGUCACCAUUUUAUCUUCUUACCUUUCUCUUUUCCCUCUCUCUUUCCCGUCUUCAUCAUUGUCUUCCUCAUCAUCGACACUUGCUCAUUGUUUUCUUUUUCUCUCCCCUCUUUCUCCCCCCCCUCUCCCCCUCUCUCUCUCUCUCUCUCUCCUCUGUCUUCGUCUUUUAUUCUUUAUAAUCGUCUUCCCUUUCUUAUUUUCUUUUACGUCUCCCUCUCUUCCUCUCCCCUUUCUGCGCAUUUAUGACUAUCUUAUUUUUUGUCUCUUCGCCUCCUUUCCCUCCUUCUCAUUCUCUUUUUUCUUUCUUUGUCUUCAGUUUUCUUUUCUUCUCACGUUUUAUUCACUUUCUCCUCUCUCCUUUAGCGUCCUCUUCUUCGUCACUCUCUUUGUUGUAUUAACCUCCUCCUAUUCCUCAUUCCUCCGCAUUUUCGUUGUAUUUUCCUUCUUUUUCUUCCAAACAUUAUUUUCGAGAUUUUUUUUUCCGUUUUCUUUGAUUUCCCAACAUUCUGUCGUUUUCUCGACAUCCACAUAUUUUUUUUCUCUUCGAAUUCUUUCACCUUCUCCACAUUCCCCACCUAUCCUCUUAAUUUUCGAGAUGUCUCUUAUUCAUAGAUAG